AUGUUCUAUGAAGGGGAUGUUCUGGGCCAUGGGCUCCUGGCCGGUUCUGUGGUCAGCUGGUGGCUCGGGCUGGUGUUGUGCACCACCUACAUCAACUUCCUGAAGAUUAAUCGCAUCCAGAGGACGCAUGGCUUAUUUGUACGAAGCUUCUAUGAGGCAACUUUCAUCGACCAGUCUUUGCUUCUCAACACAAAAUUUGACAUUCCCAAGUUCAAAGGAGAAAACAUCAAGUAUAUAAUGUACAUGUACUACCUUCUGGGAUGGAAACUCCACAGGAAGUUUUACCAGGAUUAUGAGAGUGGUAUGGCCAGGGUCAUCGUGGAGGAGAACCUGAAGAAGGAGACAAUGAACACCUAUCUCCUGGCUUUGGAUGGGGACACUGAUUUCCAGCCCUCCUCUGUGAUGCUCUUGGUGGACCGUCUCAAGAUGUACCCUGAGGUGGGGGCCGCUUGCGGUAGGAUUCACCCCACUGGCACCGGGCCGAUGGUGUGGUACCAGAAGUUUGAGUAUGCUGUGGGCCACUGGCUGCAGAAGACGUCGGAGCACGUGUUUGGCUGUGUGCUCUGUAGCCCUGGCUGCUUUAGCCUCUUCCGAGCGGCUGCACUCAUGGACGACAACAUCAUGAAGAAGUACACCAUCACAACCACAGAAGCAGGCCACUACAUACAGUAUGAUCAAGGCGAGGACCGCUGGCUGUGCACGCUGCUGCUGCAGCAGGGCUGGCGUGUGGAGUACAGCGCGGCGGCGGAGGCCUACACCAACGCUCCGCAGGAGUUCCAGGAGUUCUACAACCAGCGGCGCCGCUGGGGCCCCUCCACCAUGGCCAACAGUCUGGACCUGCUGGGCAGCGGCCGGCUGACGGUGACCAAGAACCAGUCCAUCUCCACCCUCUUCAUCGUCUACCAGAUCCUCAACACCGCCGCCUCCAUCCUCGGCCCGGCCACCGUGUGCCUGAUGAUCGCAGGCAGCUUCUCCUUUGUCUUUGGGGUUUCACCUAAUCUAGCGCUUGCACUAGCUGUUGUGCCCCCAGUCGUCUACUUGGCUCUGUGCUACAAUCUCAGCACCAACACCCAAAUCACCAUUGCCGCCUUAAUGAGCAUAUUCUACGCCUUCCUGAUGACCGCAAGUAUUCUUUCAAUCAUUGGGGACAUGGUUCUGGAGGGCACCUUCAUGACUCCCAGCGGCCUCUUCUUCAUCAGCAUCGUGUCCAUGUACCUCAUCACGGCGCUGUUCCACCCCACCGAGUUCCACCUCAUCAUCCACGGCUUCCUCUACAUGCUCUGCAUCCCCAGCGGCUACCUCCUGCUGGCCAUCUACUCCAUGGUCAACAUGAACAACGUGACCUGGGGGACCAGGGAGUGCGCUGGACCAAAGCCCGCCGCCAGCGCUGCUGCUGGUGCUGCUGCUGCUGCCUCCACACAGGAACCCGUCGAGCGGAACGUCAAGUUGGAGAGAAGGUGCAAGUGCUGCCGCUGGAACCUGGGGCUGCAGGUCGGCGAGGACCAGGAGAUGAUUGAGGUAUCGCCUGUCAGCGCUCAGCAGGCAGAACCUGUUUCAGCCAAUCACCAAGAGCCAGAAGAGAAGAAAGGCCACAGAGAAGAUCCAGAGAGUCACUGGAUUGCACAGCUGGUGGAGAAAUCCAGGGAGCUGACGCUGGAGAGACAUGACCUCGAUAGAGAUGAAGUGCAGUUUUGGGAAGGCCUCCAGGAACACUAUCUAAAGCCUCUGGGUGAAGAUGUGGCAAGGAAGAGGAAAAUUGAAGCAGACCUUAAAGACCUUAGAAACAAGGCCACAUUUGUGUACUUCAUCUGCAAUGCCCUCUGGCUUGUGGCUACAUUCUUCCUGCAGGAGAUAGGAGGGGCUGUCAGCAUCCAGAUUCCCAAGAUUUAUAUCAAUGGGACAAUAGAUCCAAACGGACAAAUCUUCUUAGAUCCCAUUGGCUUAAUGUUCGUCAUUGGCUUUGCACUUAUACUUCUGAUCCAGUUUCUAGCUAUGCUGUGGCACAGAAUACAAACGUUGAUUCACUUCAUAGCCUUCCAAGGAACCGAGUCUGCAGCCAUGAAAAAGAAUAUGAAAAAGUCUUACGAGAGUCUACAGAGUGAAAAGUCCCAUGAGGUUGACGAUCUCCCUUUGGCAAGCAGGCUAUGAUAGGAAGACCGAAUUGUGGCGAAGACUCCACGAGAUGAGCACCUUUAAUCAAAAGAUUAGAUGUAGGCCUACAAAAGACAUAAUUAAGAUGUAGAACACUUGCAUGUAACACUUGCACUAAUAACGGUAACAUGGCAUGCUAUAUUUCAGCAAGUCAAUUAUGUUACUGUGCUUAUGUAUAAAAAUGCUAUUCUGUAAGCCUCCUCUGAGGCUUUCCUUAUUACAGGGCUUAGAGGACUGU